AUGCCAAAUAUCAAAAUAUUCAGCGGUAGCUCCCACCCCGACCUCUCUCAAAAGAUAGCAGAUCGCCUUGGUCUCGAGCUUGGAAAGGUUGUUACCAAGAAAUUUAGCAACCAAGAAACAUGCGUGGAAAUAGGCGAGAGUGUACGAGGAGAGGACGUCUACAUCGUCCAGAGCGGCUGCGGGGAGAUCAAUGAUAAUUUGAUGGAGCUGCUCAUCAUGAUCAACGCCUGCAAGAUAGCAUCCGCUUCCAGAGUCACCGCCGUCAUCCCCUGCUUUCCGUACGCCCGCCAGGACAAGAAGGACAAGGUGGGGGUGAGGGACAUCUGGAGCCGUGCCCCCAUCUCUGCCAAGUUGGUGGCCAACAUGCUGUCCGUGUCAGGUGCUGACCACAUCAUCACUAUGGACUUGCAUGCCUCACAAAUACAGGGAUUCUUCGAUAUCCCGGUGGACAACCUCUAUGCAGAGCCCGCUGUGUUAAAGUGGAUUAAAGAAAAUAUACCUGAGUGGAAGAACUGUACUAUCGUCUCACCGGAUGCUGGAGGAGCAAAAAGGGUCACUUCCAUAGCAGACAGGUUAAAUGUGGACUUUGCUCUCAUCCAUAAAGAGCGGAAAAAGGCGAACGAGGUUGACCGCAUGGUACUCGUCGGGGAUGUGACGGCUCGAGUUGCCAUCCUCGUAGAUGACAUGGCAGACACCUGUGGGACCAUCUGCCAUGCUGCUGACAAAUUGAUUUCUGCCGGUGCCACAAAAGUGUACGCCAUCCUGACUCACGGCAUCUUCUCCGGGCCUGCGAUUUCUCGCAUCAAUAACGCUUGCUUUGAAGCUGUUGUGGUCACUAAUACAAUACCCCAGGAAGAGAAAAUGAGGCAUUGUCCCAAAAUACAGGUUAUCGACAUCUCCAUGAUCCUUGCAGAGGCCAUCCGGAGAACCCACAAUGGCGAGUCGGUGUCGUACCUAUUUAGCCACGUCCCCUUGUAA